GUACUACGGAGCCACACGGAGGUCUCUGCGCGCAUCGUACACUUUUGGGAUCUGGGAGAAAUCACAAGGGGAGGAAGCCGUGAAGAUCUGAUACGGUGUCGAUUGUCAAGACAGCACGGACAGGUCAAUUCCUUCAGGUGGCACCAGCCUCCCGCACAGGUCUAUCAGGACCGCACUGCAGCCUGGCUUUGCUCUCACGCUUGUCAAACCAAAAUCCUGACUUGAGUACAGCCAACGCGCCCACCUGAAAAGACAAGAGGGUUUGUUUGGUUCAUGGUGUUUUCAGCUGGAUUAUCACUUUCGACAGAUACAAACAAGUAGCCAGCCGCCGCCGGAGUCAAACCCAGGGAAUACAAUUGUUUGUAAAGCCUUGGUUGUGCGUGCAGCGUCUGCAUGCGCGCCUCCUUCUCAAAUCAGAGAGCAAAGUGCUGAUAAACCAACUCAACCUGGACUUUCGAUCUGAGGAAGGAGCUUCUUGGUGAACUGCAAUUGACAGGAGCUGCACCGACCGAAUUGCUACUUGAGCAGCUGAAGGGGAAGCUGAAAAUCCUGCGAAAAUGCCACUCGCUCAGAUCGCGGAGCCAUGGCCCACCAUGGAACUAGUGCAGCUGGAAACGGAGAAUGGGCAGAGCACUGCUGAGGAUCGAGUCACGCCUGCUGUCAAGAAAGAUUCUCAUAUCACCUGGAUAGAGAGAGACUUUGCCAGUAUUAGAGAUCAGGAAGAUGGAGAUAUCAAAGAGAUCAACAUUACCCAUGUGGUCAAGGAGGGCUCAGAGAAGGCUGAUGCUUCUCAGUUUGAACUGCUCAAAGUGUUGGGACAGGGAUCCUUUGGAAAGGUGUUCCUGGUGCGAAAGGUGACUGCUCCUGAUGCCAACCAGCUUUACGCCAUGAAGGUCCUCAAGAAGGCCACGCUGAAAGUGAGAGACCGUGUGAGAACUAAGAUGGAGAGAGACAUCCUAGCAGACGUCAACCACCCAUUUGUUGUCAAACUGCACUAUGCAUUCCAGACUGAAGGGAAGUUGUACCUGAUCCUGGACUUUCUCAGAGGAGGAGAUCUCUUCACUAGACUCUCCAAGGAGGUGAUGUUCACAGAGGAGGAUGUGAAGUUUUAUCUAGCGGAGCUGGCGUUAGGACUGGACCAUCUCCAUAGCCUGGGCAUCAUUUACAGGGACCUCAAACCUGAAAACAUUCUUCUGGAUGAGGAGGGACAUAUCAAACUCACCGAUUUUGGCUUGUGUAAAGAAGCCAUUGAUCAUGAGAAGAAAGCGUAUUCCUUCUGUGGUACUGUGGAGUACAUGGCACCCGAGGUUGUGAACAGGCAGGGACACGACCAGAGCGCCGACUGGUGGUCAUUUGGAGUACUUAUGUUUGAGAUGUUGACUGGAUCGCUGCCAUUUCAAGGAAAGGACCGCAAAGAAACUAUGAACCUGAUUCUGAAGGCACGCCUGGGAAUGCCUCAGUUCCUCAGUGCAGAGGCUCAGUCUUUACUCAGGGCUUUGUUCAAGAGGAACCCUUCCAACAGACUGGGAUCUUGUGCUGAUGGUGCAGAGGAGAUAAAACGGCAUGGUUUCUUCUCCACCAUUGACUGGAACAAACUCUUCAGGCGAGAAUUAAAACCUCCCUUCAGACCAGCAGUGGCGCGUCCAGACGACACCUUCUACUUUGACUCUGAGUUCACCUCCCGCACGCCUAAAGACUCCCCCGGUGUACCCCCCAGUGCCGGAGCUCACCAGCUUUUCAGAGGCUUCAGCUUCAUUGCAUCGACUUUGUUGGACGAGGAGGGUUCUGUGGAGCCAGUCAAGCCCCCGCCGCAUCCAGUGGUCCAGCAAUUACACGGGAAGAACCUUCUGUUCAGCGACGGCUACGUAUUGAAAGAAGACAUCGGCAUGGGGUCCUUCUCUGUCUGUAAACGCUGUAUCCACAAAGCCACCAACACAGAAUACGCUGUCAAGAUGAUUGAAAAGACCAGUACAGACCCCUCUGAGGAGAUUGAGAUUCUGCUGCGAUAUGGGCAGCACCCUAACAUCAUAACACUGAAGGAUGUGUACGACAACGGUAAGCAGGUGUUCAUGGUGACGGAGCUGAUGCGUGGAGGAGAGCUGCUGGAUCGCAUCCUCAAACAGAAGUUCUUCUCGGAGAGAGAGGCCAGCUCUGUGCUUCACACUAUCACCAAGACUGUGGAGUACCUACACUCACAGGGGGUGGUGCACAGAGACCUGAAGCCCAGCAACAUACUCUACGUUGAUGAGUCGGGGAAUCCAGACUCUAUCAGGAUCUGUGACUUUGGCUUCGCUAAGCAAUUGCGUGCCAACAACGGCCUGCUGAUGACCCCAUGCUACACUGCUAACUUUGUAGCUCCUGAGGUGUUGAAGCGUCAGGGCUAUGAUGAAGGAUGUGACAUCUGGAGUUUAGGAGUCUUGCUGUACACCAUGCUGGCUGGUUUUACUCCAUUUGCCAACGGACCUGAGGACACCCCAAAUGAGAUCCUGAACAGAAUAGGAAACGGUCACUUCAGUUUGGUUGGAGGUAACUGGGACACGGUGUCUGAAGCUGCCAAGGAUCUUGUGUCGAAGAUGCUUCACGUGGACCCGCAUCAGAGACUGACUGCUCAGCAGGUUCUCAAACAUCCCUGGAUUAUCCAGAGAGACAAACUACCCAACAGCCAGCUCCCUCAUCAUGACCCCAAACUGGUCAAGGGUGCGAUGGCGGCCACCUACUCUGCACUGAAGAAGUCUCAACCUACUCCAGAGCUCAAGCCCAUAGAGAGCUCUUUCCUAGCUCAGAGGCGCGUCAAGAAGCUUCCCUCCACCUCCCUGUAGAGACUCCAAACACCCAAUUGGCCUAGUGGAAACUGACCAAAACUGCACCUCCUGGCUACAACCACCCAGUCAAUUUGCACGGGGGCUCAAGUGUCCGCCCGCCUCUACCAGCCAAGGAAGACUGACUGUGGUCCUGCACACAUCAGUACUGCUCUUGCUAUCAUCGUCCUUGUUCUGGCUUGUCAAGUGCUGUUAGCCAGUCUUAUUGAACUACCAAAUAUCAAUCAAGAAAGAUGGGGGCCAUGAGGGUUAAAAAAAAAAGAAGGUGUGUGUGUGUGUGUGUGUGUGUGUGUGUGUGUGUGUGUGUGUGUGUGUGUGUGUGUGUGUGUGUGUGUGUGUGUGUGUGUGUGUGUGUGUGUGUGUGUGUGUGUGUGUGUGUGUGUGUGUGUGUGUGUGUGUGUGUGUGUGUGUGUGUGUGUGUGUGUGUGUGUGUGUGUGUGUGUGUGUGUGUGUGUGUGUGUGUGUGUGUGUGUGUGUGUGUGUGUGUGUGUGUGUGUGUGUGUGUGUGUGGAUUGUGACUACAGAUUGUGACAAUGAAAGUUUUCUCUCCCAUCAUUGCUGUGAUUGGUUGUCACCCAGCUUGCUGCACGCCUGUCCGUCUGCCUGUUUUGUUGUCUGUCCUGUUCUUUUUGUAAAGUUAAUGAGCUUUAUAUUACCGGGUGUGCUGCCAAAUCAACCUGUGCCGACAGCACAAAACCACAGUACUGUCCAACUGCUGUUAAAUGUUUUUUGAAAGAGCAUUAUUACCAUGAAUAUUAAACAUUUCCUCCAUAAAUGCCUCUUUGGCUUUGGUACAGCCAGAAUAUGUGGAUUCUGAGAAAUGUCAAAUGCUGAUGUUUUGGUUAGUGUCAAUGUAUGCUUGUACUUUGUUUUACAGAGAGCGUGCGUGUGUGUUAGUUGCAUGAAUUGCAGUGUGUGUUUGUGUGUGGGAGCGUGUGUGUGUAUUCUUUGAGAUGCUGCAGGGUCAUGUGCAUGGUCCGGUGAUGUGAUGAUGUCAUGUGGCUUUCUUGUUUCUCUGCUCUUUUCUCUGCUCGGUCAACCCGCUGGCAACCAUUUGAGAUGUCUAUUCAUUUUAUUACUACAAAAACUAGUAAAAUAGGUGGCUUUCUGUGAAAGAAAACGUGCCCAAGGAACAAUGUGGCAUGUUAAAAUUCUAUAUUUGCUUUUUUUUCCUGUCUUUCGUUUUCACUGUGUUUCUUGGAUAAUGCAUAUUGAAUGCUGUUUCCUGUAUUGGCUGCUUUUGUUGUUGAUUGUUUUUUUUGUUUUUUUGUCCAAAGAAAGUGGUGAUUUAAAAAUAGUGAAAGACAUGCUAAGCACAUCGGUCUGUGCACUUAAUGCCAUACAGGUCUUUCCUUUUCGUUUUUGGGAUGUGAAAGGGUAGAAAAGGCUGACUUUUCCUUUAUUCGAGCACUCCAACACAGCCUUCCUCAAAAAAGUCAAAUCACUGGUUGCUAAUACCACACAGACCUUCAGCAGUUGUGUGUCUUUCAUGCAUGAUAUUAGAAUUAUCCAUGGUUUCUGUACAUUAUAUAUCAUGUUUUCAUUUUAUUGAUGCUCAUUUUGAGACAUCCUAAAGAAGGGUUAAUGUGUCUCAUUGUAAGUAGCUUCACAGGACAGGUACCGCUUUCAGCUCAGUGCCUGGACCUACAGGUGAGGCAGAAUGUCUUACAUGGGGAAACACAUGAAGAACAAACCAAACAGCGUGUGUGCUACAUGUGUAGAAGGGAAGACCUGUGUGGCUUAAUCUACGAACCAGCUGUCUUACCUCAAAAGGGAUCAAAGUUAUAUUAUAAUUCUUGUUUGGUGGAAAAGUUAUCCCAUCUUUGAUUACAUUUAUGGUAAAAUGUUAUUGUAUGAUAAAGAUGAAGAUUUUUAUAUCUUACAAAUAUUAAAAAUUCAGUUGCUACAACAAA